CUAACAUAUACGAACGAGAUAGGACAGAUCUACAUAAUCCCGGUAACAUCAACGGAGAGGACAAUGAUAGAAACAGCGUAGCGUCUACAGAUUCGAUGAGGUCGCAGGAAAGAAGAGGACCAAGACUUCCACCGAUAACCAUAGAAGGGUUAUAGUACCUACGAUAUAAUAAAUUCGCCUUGAAGAGGACAUGGAAACGAUCCACGACUUUACCAUAGCAUCCCUUCGUCUUCAGUUCUCCAUCUCGACGUUGAUCAACCUCUUAGAAUAUAAAAAUUAUCUUCCAUAUGCGAUGUUUUUCGAAUGCUUCCUUGUCUCCUGAUCUUGACCUUUAUUGAAACUAUAAAAAACUGCUAGCUGUUUAUCGCUCAUCAACCUUGAUAAAAUAUUUCUUACUGUAAAGUGCUUGCUUUUUCCUCCUAUAGUACCUAAAAAUGUUUUCUGAAACAAACCACACCGAUAUUGUAACAUUAAUUAAUAUUAAUUAUUAAUGAAUUCAAUUAUGCGCUAAUCUUUAUUGUUAGGCCGUGCAUGACGAUAUAUAUUAACAAAAAUUAUAGUUAUACGAAAUAGCCUUUCAAAACAGUUAUGCCGAACUUGUAACAAUUGAUUUCAUAAAGUGAUUAUUUAAAUAAAUGCGCAGAAUAAAGUAAUUCCGUUUCGCUUAUUUUAAAAUAAAUAGAUGAAGCCCCUAGCCCUUGAUGUGGCCCGACAGACUGAUUUAUUAGGCCUAAUACACAAACACAAAUAAAAGCCUCAAGGUUAUUGUUUAACAUUUAAUUUGUAGCUCGUAAAAAACUUGAAACCACAUGAGAAUAUACAUAUAUAAGUAUCCAAGAAAUUCAAAAGCAUACAUCAUAUACAUGCAUGGUAUAUUAUGCGUCACUAACAGAGUCACGAUACCAGGUGUCACUAAACCGACCACGACGACGCUGACGUGUACCUCCCUCCCAUAAUCCCAUUCCCAUUGCCGGAUUACUGACACGUCGAUCCGCGUUAGAAGCAAUCGAGCUGCGUGAACGUUGAGAGGCUACAUCGUAGACACACCAACUUACAGAUUGUUUUUCCGUCUGACUGUGAAGACGCAUAAAUCUUCAAAAUGCCUGCUGCACCAAGCUCUACAUCGGUUGGAGCAGCCAGUCGCUCUCCCAGUAAGGCUGUAGCUCCUCGUGCAGGUUUGGGGGGUACUGUGAGGCAACGCAAAGCUGCACCAGCCACCUCAGCCAGGAAUCGCAAUACUGGUACCAACUCUGGUGGUAUGUGGAGAUUCUAUACAGAUGACUCCCCCGGAAUCAAAGUUGGCCCUGUACCUGUUUUGGUGAUGUCACUGCUGUUCAUUGCAUCCGUAUUCAUGCUGCACAUCUGGGGAAAAUACACUAGAUCUUAAGAUGCAAUCUUCAAUGCACUUUAAAUAUAAGUAUAAACAAGACUUCCAAAAUGUCCAGUGGACAAGAAAAGUUUUCACCGUUGUUCACAGCAAACAUCCAACUUGUAACAAGAUUUUUAUUGACAAACUUUGUAAAAAAAGUGAGGAAUGUAAAGGUUGAUCAAAAAUUAUUGCUAUUGCAAUAAUUCUAUUCUUCUAUGUUUUGGAAAUCGCUUGUAAUUUAUUAAGAUAUCAUUGUAGGGUCUUUAAUUACAUUCUGUCAAACUUUGAUUGCAUUUUUGCAUGAAUUUAUAAUGGACUUUUGUAUAUUAUCAGUAUAGUAAUUCACGUUCCAACUAGGGUGCAGCUUCUGCACUUUUGCAAUAUGUUAAUAAUUAACAACAUUUUAAUAUUAAAUGAAAAUAAAAAUUUAAAUUAAUUUUAUUGUGCUUUAUUUCAUGACAAAACAAGUGUAAAGUUAAAAAUUAUCAUGCGCCACUAAAAAGCAAAAGCGAAUCUUGAGGAAUAUUGUAAAAACAAAAAUUUUUCACGUAUGUUGUAUUUUUUAUUUUUUAUUUUUAUUUUUAUAACAAUAUAUUAUUUGUUUUAACAGUA